AUGCCGGCACCCGAUCGUGACCCUCCGUCUCCGGACCUCCAGCCCUCCAAACGCCCCCGCCAAUCAUCCCCCGAUAAGGACUCCCCAGUGUCACUCCUGUCGGCCGGCGCUGCCUCCCCGACGGGCGACCACAUCCACAACGGCCUGCUUGGUUUCGGGGGGGAAGGGGGAAGAGGAGGGGGGGGAGGAGGAGCCAGCGGCAAUGGCGGUAGCGGUGGUAGUGGCGGUGGGGUCGCGGGCAAGAUCGGACAGAGCAGCAGCUUCCGCAAUGUGAGCGCGUGCAACCGGUGUCGGCUGCGCAAGAACCGCUGCGACCAGAAGCUGCCGAGCUGCGCGAGCUGCGAGAAGGCCGGCGUCGCCUGCGUCGGCUACGACCCCAUCACCAAGAGGGAGAUCCCGCGCAGCUACAUCUUCUACCUCGAAAAACGGGUGGAACAGCUCGAGGCCCUGCUAACCACCAACAGCAUCACCUUCCCGCCUCCCCAAGACCUCGACUACUGCUCCAAGUCGGGCACCGGGUCGGCCACUGCCCUGUCGCCCAUUGAAACGGGGCAGUCGGUUUCCUCGGAGGGGACCUACGCCCCAAGUAGCGGGAGGGGAGAGAGUAACGGCGAUGGAGGCGCCGGUAGGCUGCAGCGGAUAGCCUCGAAACCCGGAGGCUCGUCUGCCAGUUCCGGGGCCACCAAUAAUAACAACAACCGCUACCUCGGCUCGACCUCCGGCAUCUCAUUUGCGCGCGUGGUGUUUGCCGCAGUGCAGUCGUCUGUUUCGGACCAGAAGUCCAACUCGGACAAGGGGGGCAUACGCCCGUACAGGCCCUCGCCGGGCGGCAGCAAUGGCGGUGCCGCCGCCACCGGUGCCGGCGCUGGCCCCGGCGCUGGUCCGGGCACAUCGAUGCGGGAUUCCUUCUUCGGCCUGCACACCAAGCCGACCAUCCACCCGGCGACGUUCCCCGACCGGGAGCUCGGGCUGAGGCUGGUCAGCCUGUACUUUGAGCACGCCAACCCGCAGAUCCCCGUCCUGCACAAGGUCGAGUUCGCCGAGAUGUUCGAACGGGCCUAUGCCGAGGAGGGCCGCCGCCGCGGGCCGCGGGAGCUGUACGUGCUGAACAUGGUGUUUGCCAUAGGCGCCGGCAUCAUCGUGGGCGAUUCCAAAGGGGAACCACCGGCUGCGGCUGCGGCGUCGGUCGGUUCUUCUUCUUCGUCCGGAUCCACGCAGUGUCAGCCGGAGGAGUACCAUGCCAGUGCCAUUGUUCAUCUUGAGGCUUGUCUUGGGAGUGGGGGUGGUCUGGAAGACUUGCAGGCGGUGCUGCUCUUGGCCAACUUUGCGUUGUUGAGGCCCGUCCCUCCUGGAUUGUGGUAUAUCAUUGGCGUGGCCGUCAGAUUGGCGGUCGACCUGGGGCUGCACUACGAAGACGGCAAGGAUCUUGAGAGUGGUCUGGCUACCCCGGCGGCCCAGCAGAAGGAGACGGUGGCGAAAGAGAAAGGGAGGCGGGAGUAUGUGCGCGAUCUGAGGCGGCGGCUCUGGUGGUGUACCUACUCGUUCGACCGACUGGUCAGUCUUUGCGUCGGCCGGCCCUUCGGUAUCUCGGACCAGGUCAUCACAACCGAAUUUCCUUCGCUGCUGGAGGACCGGUUCAUCACACCCAACGGCAUUGUUCAACCACCUUCCGGAUCACCACUGCCGAGCUACAAGCUGGUGGCCCACCACUACUUCCGGCUCAGGCUUCUGCAGUCCGAGAUACUGCAGGUCUUGCAAUUUCGACAAGCUCAAAGCGCCUGGGCAGGCGGUAAAGGCUGCCAAAACCCCUAUAUGCACACGGCGUUGCCCUCCCCGUUUCUGGUCAAGUUUGAUUCGUUCCGAUCCUGGCGAAUUGACAUCGACAGGAGGCUGUAUGAGUGGAAGAACUCGGCGCCGCGAAAAGAAGACACGGGCGUGGCCUUCUUGACCGACUUUCUACAUCUCAACUAUUGGCAGGCCAUCAUCAUGUUGUACAGGCAGAGCCUGAGCGUGCCGACGGUCUUUGAGGGCGAGUAUGACACAGCCAAGGAGGUGGACAACCCUGCCAUCUACAACGCGGAGCUGAGCGAGGACGAGGACCGGGUCUAUCUCAAAGUUGCUGAGGCCGGCCAGAAGAUCCUGAGGCUGUACCGCCAGCUGCAUCUAGUGGGCGUUGUGAACUACACUUACCUGACGACGCACCAUCUGUUUGUGGCGGGGAUAUCGUAUCUCUACGCGAUUUGGCACUCCCCGAUUGUUAGGAGCCGGCUGUCUAUGGACGAAGUGGAUUUCACUAUUCUGGCAGCAACAUCUGUGUUUACGGAUUUUAUGGACAAGUGUCCGCCCGCUGAGGCGUGCCGAGACGCAUUUGACCGCACCGUCAAGGCCACACUCAAGAUGGUCAACGCCUCCGGUGGCUUUGGCCAGCAAUACCGACAGCCACACGCCAGCGUACCCUCCAAUCCAAGAACCACCCUUGAACACAGCCGACUCAACUGGAGCACGAGAAGCGACAACGCCCCUAUGCUAGGCAAACCUCACCACAAACGUCACUUCCGUGGCUCGCCAUCAGUGGACCAAACGCCCACCGCCCUUCCGGACGCAUACUCCAGCAACCCUUCGUUACUAUCCGCCUUUCAAAAGGGCGCACAAUACCGUCUCCCCAGCGGCCCCGCAGUGAAGGCCGAACAAGAGGGUUAUUCCCACAUCCGCAACCUUUCCGUCCCCGCACAAAUCAACACCAGCCCCACCGGCAACACCAGCAGCCCGCUUACUCCCGAAGCAGCAGCGGCGAGCGUCGGCCAACAAAGGAUGCCCUCCCCAGCAGCCAUCCAACAACGUCCCACCCCGCCCACCGCGCAACUCACCUCCCCGAUGGCAGAGCUAGUGAACCAAUCGCCGCCAGCAGAUUUCCUCUCCCCACGACAGCGACAGCAACAGCAACAGCAACAGCAGCAGCAGCAGCAGUUCAGCCCCGGGGCAAUAUCGCUUAGUGAGCUGCAGGGCAUGGAUUUCCUGCAGAAUCUCAGCCCCAACGCCAACAGCAAUGGCAACGACAAUAGCGCCGGUGCGGCCGGUGGUGGUGGUGGGGGCGGUAGCGUAGGGGGGUUGGACGCGGUCGACUUCAGUGGCCUGGCCGACACACAUAUGGAUCUGGGCUUUGGGCUCGGCUGGGAGGGGCUGCAUCAUGAUUUUAAUGAUGGGCAGCAGCUGGAUUUGUUUGAUGGUUUCUUUUUUGGUGGGGGGCCGCAGGGUGGUAAUGGUGGUGGUGGGGGUGGUGGAGGGGGGAUGUGA